AUGGCGUUAGCAAGGAUGAUCAUUAUUGAUGAAUUACCUUUUAAAUUUGUAGAGCGUCAAGGCUUUCAAGAAUUUAUGGAAAUAGUUAAGCCUAGGUUUCCUAUUCUUCAUCGCAUUACUAUUGCAAGGGCUUGUAUGAAAAUUUAUUCUAGUGAGGUGGAUAUUUUGAGAAGGGCUUUUGUUGGGCAACAGGUUUGUGUGGCAAUGGAUACUUGGACCUCCAUACAAAACUUGAACUACAUGAUAGUCACCACACACUUUAUUGAUAGUGAUUGGACUUACCAAAAGAAAAUCUUGAGCUUUUGCCCUAUAGCUAAUCCCAAAGUAGACACCAUAGGUAGGGCGGUUAAGUCAUGUUUGUUGAAAUGGGGUAUAGAUCGGUUGUUUACAACUACUGUAGAAAAUGCUAGUUCUAAUGAUGUAACAAUUGAUUAUGUGAAGAAAAAAACAAAAGAAAGAGAUAGUAGCAUAUUGAGUGUGCAAUAUGUGAGAGCCUCUCCCACAAGGUUUGAGAAGCUUCAAGAAUAUGUUGAUAAGGAGAAAAUUAAAGCAAAAUGUUUGUUGUCCCUUGAUGUGUCAACAAGGUGGAAUUCGAUUUAUUUCAUAUUAGAUUAUGCUUUAAAAUUUGUGAGAGUAUUUGAUAGGUUGGAAGAGGAGGAUGAGCACUACAAACUUUAUUUUUGUGAAGCGGAUGGAAAUGGGAAAAAGCUCAUUGGUCCUUCUAGAUAUCUUGAUUUGGAAAAUGUUAAAACCUUUGUGAAAUUUCUUGGCAUAUUUUAUAAGGUGACACUUAGAUUUUAUGGGUCCUUGGAAUGGAAUGGAAAGGACAAGGGGGAUGCGAUGAGUUCUAGGGUUUGGGAUGUGUUGAAAAGGUUGUAUAUAAAGAGAAUGGGUCAAAAUGGAAUCUCGAGUUCUAGUGGUAGUGGUAGUGAUAGUAGUGCUUUAUUGUCUAGGGACUUCAGGCCAAGUGUUGGUAAUGCUUUUGAUCACUUUAAAAGAUAUAAUACCAGGUUUAAGCAACACUUGGUAGAUGAGGACAGUGUAGAAAGAAAAUCUAAGUUGGAUAUGUAUUUGUUGGAAUCUUCUGAGGAACCUGAUGUGGAAGAUUUUGACAUUUUGAUGUGGUGGAAAAUGAAUUCUUCUAAAUAUCAAGUCCUUUCCCAAAUUGUCCGUGAUGUGUUGGCUAUUCAUAAUUGGUUGAAGGAUGCGAACAAAAAAAGACCAAUAAAGUUUUGGGAGUGCAUGGAUAAUGUGGAGGAUAUGAAGGGUUUUGAAAUUGACACCGAAAUUGCAUCAGUUUGCCCAAUGCCUAUGAAGGAGGAUCCAAGCACCAUUGUGUUGGAUGAUGUGAGUGAUGUGCUGCUCUUUGCUUGGAAUUAA